AUGGUUGAUAUUUUUGUUUGUUUUAUUUUUAUUUUCAUAGCAAAAAUUAAUGGAUUUAUAUUUGAUGGUAAAGAAGAUUUAAUUCUUUUACCAUCGGUUGCUUUUCGAGAUCAUUCAAUAAAACCUUCAACUAAUUGGAUUUCAUCUAAUCAAGGAUGGUAUUACAAAGAAGACCUUCUAAAAGCAGAAAUAAUGGAAAAAAUGUUAGAAAAAGUUGUUCAACAAUCUGUAAAUAUAAAUCGUAUUAAAUUAUUUACUGCUGAGGGACAAGAACAUAAAAGUGUAUGUAUUUAUAAUUUCAAUAAACCUAUCUGUACACGUACAGAUGACGAAGGUAGAAUUAAAAGUACAAUUCGAAUUAGUAAAAAUGAAAUCGAUCGAUUAAUUCAAUCUGGUGCUAAAAUACUUUAUCGUCUAUCAGUAUUAAACAAAAAUAUUCAAGCUACAGGUGAAAUUUAUUUAUGUGAUGAUAAUGGCAUAACAUUUCUAAGUGAUAUGGAUGAUACAAUAAAAGUUACGGGUGUUACAUCAGCAACAGUAACACUGAAGAAUACUUUCGCUGGUACUUAUACAUCUGUUGUUGGCAUGUCAAAUAUAUAUCGAUAUUGGCAAAAAAGAUAUAAUGCAACAUUUGCAUAUAUAACAGAAUCACCAGAUCAACUUUAUCCAUUUUUACGUGAAUUUAUCAAUCGUGAAAAAUUUCCAUUAGGUUCAUUUCAUAUGCGUCAUUUUACAUGGCUUGAUGCAAAUUUUAUUUCAUUUUUCAUGUCAAGUAAUUAUAUAAAGAUUAAAACAGAAAUAAUAUAUAUGUUUUUAAAUAAUACAUUAAAUCGUAUAUUUAUUUUAAUUGGUGAUAUAUUUCAAAAAGAUCCUGAAAUAUAUGCAAGUAUUUAUAUGAAAUAUCCUAAUCGAAUAGGAAAAAUUUUUAUUCGAAAAUAUAAAAAUGAUAUCAUUGGUCAACGACGUUUAGAACAAGUAUUUAAUAAAAUACCUCGAAAAAAAUGGGCAACAUUUGAAAAAGGCAGUGAUUUACCGGCAAAUAUUUUCGUUGUUUAA